AUGCAGCUUCACGAAAAAGAUGUCCUUUUGCCUGUGAUUGCUGAAACUGUGCACCACUCUUCCUGCGUUUCAGUUGCAAGUCCGUUCUAUCUGUCUGUGCCACAGUCGUGUUGCUAUACUCUGCUUGAUGCCCUGACGGGGUAUCCCACGGACACCUAUCGCGACCAAACUAGAUGCCAAAAUUGGCAAUACGGGCCACCGUUGUACACCGAUGGACCACACAAUGAUGCAUUGUACUACCGAGGCUGCUUUCCUGUAUUAAUCGAUUAUAUGUUACUCCACACAAAACACUUGUUUGGAUUGUGUAUCGGAUUGUGCGUCGUUUUGGUAAGUUUUGACUAUCAUCCAACUCACUCGAAACCCCGCACUUCAGGCUCUAAUGUUUAUAUUAUUGGUGACAUCAAAACUGAUGAAGCCUCUGAGAAGAAAGAAAUACGCAUGACCGCAUUUCGACGCCCGAAGCUUCAAAGUGCAAUAUCAUUCAGCUGGAAACAUUAUACUCACACUCAUCGGUCUUUUUUCUUUUAA